UUUCCUACAUGUUUCAGGCUACAGGAGCGAGCUCUGAGUCCAUCCCUGGUAGGCUACCCUCCGGUAACUAAUGUUGCCACUCCUCCAGCAGUACUUGCUGCACAGGUGCCACCCCAGGGAGUCACAGUGGCACCAGUUGCUGGCCCUGGACCAUCACCAAACCCGCUGGGACCAGGAGCUGCAAUCCCUUCUCCAGUACCGGUAUCGGUGGGUUCUCCUGCACCUCCACAGGCUGCCCAAGUGCAAGUAGGGAUGGUGAGACCCGGUUCUGUUACCCAAAUUGUGGUUAAUCCUACCCCCAGCAACCAGCCUAUCAACAUUCCUAACUUGCAGCCAAAUGUUGUACCAGGUGAGCUACUACUGUUGUCUGCACUCUGCUGAGAAAUUUAUUGUGUA